GGCAACUUCAUUCACCCAUGUGUGGUGAAAGAAGCCCGCUUACCCACGGCAGGGUCUCCGACUCCCAUGUUUGUCACCCUAGGGGAUGACAAGACCCAGCGCUUCUUCGAUCAGAUGGUCACCGACCUCCCUUUCUUCCUCAUUCUCAAGCCGACUGAUCGUCCCCCGGUGUCUCGUCGCCACCACUCCUCCGCACAUUUCGAUGUGAUGGAGACGGGGUACGACUUCAUUCUCGACACUCCGUGGUCUCGUUGGUUCCGCAACACCGAGGCCGAUUGGGCGCCCAACACUCUCGUUCUCAAAACGAAGUGUGGACAGACGUAUCGCGUCCCUUUCAUAAGUACCACCACGACACCAUGCCCCGACCCUCCUCCCCCGGAACCUUCCGUGCCCACACCAUCUCCUACUAUCACUGUCACCUCGCCUCGGCAGUUCGCUCACUUCAUCCGAAAGGACGACAUCACCUUCUUUACGGUGAACGUUACGGAUCUCUUGCACUAUGAUCCACCCUGUCCCGACGCUGAGCUCAUCUCUCUGGAGCCAGAUCCUCCUAUCUCCAUGGUUCUCAUCUCUACUUUCGUCCCUCCGCCGUCCGUCGAGUCCACCCCGCCGUCGUGCGCUGACGCUUACGCUGAGGAACUCGCACACUAUACGGUCGACCUGGAGCCCGCAGUUCGUGACCUCAUUCGAGAGUACCACGACGUUUUCCCAUCGUCAUUCUCGUACGUCGACAUCCCAUUGAUGCGCGACGUCGAGCAUUUCAUCCAGCUCGUGCCUGACUAUCGUGUUCACCACCAGGCACCCUACGGACUCUCGAUCCCUGAGGCCACCGAACUCAAGCCUCAGCUUGAGGAGCUCCUGCGACUGGGUUUAAUUAAACCCAGCAACUCCCCGUGGGGUGCACCCGUCCUCUUUGCUCGCAAAGCGGAUGGAACUCUCCAUCUCUGCAUCGACUAUCGCGGCCUCAACCGCUACACGGUUAAGAACAGGUACCCCAUGCCUCAUUCCAACGAGUUGUUCGACUGCCUAGCAGGCAACCGCUUCUUUACGAAGAUUGAUCUUCAUAGCGGUUACCAUCAGAUCCGCGUCGCUGCAGCCGACCAGCCGAAGACAGCGUUCCGAUCGCGCUUCGGCCACUACGAGUUUACGGUGACGCCAUUCGGCCUCUCCAACGCACCCGCUACCUUCCAGAGGGCGAUGAACGACAUCUUCAGGGACAUCCUGGAGUUGUACGUUCUCGUCUACCUUGACGAUAUGGUGGUCUACAGUCGUACCCUUGAGGAGCAUCUCAGACACCUCCGUGACGUCCUUGACCGCUUGCGCAGACAUGGCUUCUACGCGAAGUUGAGCAAGUGCCGCUUUGCACGGCAGAGAGCGGAUUUCUUAGGACACUACGUGUCUGGCCAGGGUCUCCACAUGGACGACGCGAAGAUCACUGCUAUUGCAGAGUGGCCCGUCCCCACAUCCGCCAAGCAGCUUCGCAGCUUCCUACGCCUUACCAGGUACUAUAGUAAUUUCAUCUAGGGAUACACUAGGUAUUCCUACGUCCCUGCCUCCACCCUCCUCCGGAAGAACCCGCCAUGGGCUUGGACACCCCUCCACGAGGACGCCUUCCACGC